AUGUUGUGCUGUCGGUACGGUUGAAUAAUUUAUUACCAUCAAUUGCUUCCUUAUCAUACAACUUAUGGCAUUUUUUCAGACGCCGUGACCCCGUUUUGUCCAAAUAUAAACUUCAAUAUUUUGAUGUUCGUGGACUCGGAGAAGGGAUCCGGCUCAUUUUCCAAUACGAAGGAAUCAGAUUUGAGGAUUCCAGAGUGACUAUGGAUGAAUGGCCGGAUAUAAAAGAAAGUAGGUGAUACAAAACUGUUUUGAACCAUAUUACUUAAGCCACCAGAACUGGGAUGUUGCCUCAAUUGACAGUUGAUGACACGUUUGUCCUCACUCAGAGUCAUACGAUUGCAAGAUUUUUGGGAAAACAGUUCGGUAAGAAAAACUAUUUGUAUAAGAUUACUGUAGAUCUUACCGUAGGUCUAAAUGGAAAGACCGAAUGGGAAUCCGCAUCGAUCGAUGAAUAUGCCGGUCUCCUUAAAGACUUUGUAAAAACUGUGAAUCCAUAUUUAUUUGUUCUUCUUGGCAGACAAAAAGGAGACAAGGUGAGGGGACAUAACAUCAAAUCAGCGUCAUCAUUUUUAGAAAAAACUCAGAAAAUCCACUUUCCAACCAGCACUGGCUUCGUUCAUCCCUGAGAUUGUGAAAAUUUUAAACGAAAGCAAAAGUGGAUUUCUUUUGCCCUCAGGGCUUUCUUGGGUCGACUUCUUCUAUGUUGAAUAUUUUACAUCACUUCGGAAUUUAGAGGCAAAUGCUUUUAAAAAGUACCGGGAGAUCGUGAUGUAUCAAGAGAAGGUGCAUGGACUCCCGUCUUUGGCUGAUUAUGUCAAGAUCAGACCAAAAAGUCAGGUUUAAUAAAUUGGUCUUCUGGACAUAAUGUUGGCAAUUAAAUACAGUAAUAAAAAAUUAAACGAGUUAUUUGAAAAAAUUUGGCCAUCUUCUUGUUGAUAUAAAAUCAUUGUGGAAGCAACGUUGCGCAAUCGCUGGGUUUCUUUACGAUGUCCCGAAGCUACGUUGAGGUCAUGAUAGCUAUUUUUCCUUGAUUUACAGAGAUUUUAUGUUGAUGGACAGAAAUAAAGAAAGUCAGAAAAAAAAAAUUUUUUGCCAGUGCCAGUCCACAAGUUGUCUUGUAUCAAACUGAUUGUAAUAGAAUUGUGAUUGUUUUUAGUGCCGUUUUUGAGCUUGUAAAAAAUAUAACCAGGGAGAUUUAUCUUCCAAAUAACUUUAUCCACGUUAUUUCCUUUUUUUCAGGACCUUUCCCUUUAUUUAUUUUGCUAAACAGUAAUGGUCCUAAACUGUUCAGUCACCCUUAAACAAUUGGAUGAUUGGCAACUCUUUCAAGUUUAUCCCUCAUCAACAACUACCGCACCUCCAUCACAAGAGUAUAUCACUCAGUUGGAGAUUAUGUUGGACGUCAAAGUGGUCAUCUUCAUCUUGAUUUUGAUUGCGAUGUUAAUCUUGUUAGUCAUCAUUUCUUUUUCUCCAUGUUUAUUUAAAACAAAAGAGAAUUCAAAACAACAGAAAGGAGGAGAAUCAGUGAAAAGAGUAAGUUUGUGAUCUUUAGCAGCUUUUUAAUCUGUUUUCUGUAUAAUAUAUAUAUAAUAUCAUCAUUUUUCAGUUCCUUGGAAGCUCGAUGACCACGGAUGAAGAGAGUAUUUAUGCAUUUCUUCCAGCGACGAGACCAGGGUACUACCGGAGCAAAAUGCCGGAUAUCAGUUUUGUUGUGUAA